UUCCCCCUGGUAACCCUCGUCGGCGUCUCGGAAGAUACCCGGAGAAAGAUGGGUUUGUUGUCAAUCCUUAGAAAACUAAAGAGUGCCCCAGACCAGGAGGUACGCAUUCUGCUCCUCGGAUUAGACAAUGGUGGAAAGACGACGCUUCUGAAACAGCUCGCUUCUGAGGAUAUUACUCACAUCACCCCAACGCAGGGCUUUAACAUUAAGAGCGUGCAGUCUCAGGGCUUCAGACUGAAUGUCUGGGACAUUGGAGGCCAGAGGAAAAUAAGGCCGUACUGGAGAAACUACUUUGAAAAUACUGACAUGCUUAUUUAUGUCAUAGACAGUGCAGACAGGAAGCGAUUUGAGGAAACGGGGCAGGAGUUGGCUGAGCUGCUGGAUGAAGAAAAACUUAGUGGCGUACCUGUUUUGAUAUUUGCCAAUAAGCAAGACCUGCUGACUUCUGCUCCAGCCUCCGAGAUCGCAGAGGGAUUGAACUUGCACACCAUUCGGGACCGCAUGUGGCAAAUUCAGUCCUGCUCUGCACUUACAGGAGAGGGAGUUCAGGAUGGCAUGAACUGGGUCUGCAAGAAUGUUACUCCAAAGAAGAAGCAGUGAGCCUAGUGUAUUUUUCUGCAGCCAUUCAGGGAAUGUGAAAAGCGAACUUUGUGGACUGUGUGGAUUCCCUACCAUCUCAUUCGGGUUAAAGGGAUAUGAGGAGGUUCAUGGAGGCUUUUUUCUUUGUUUAUCAUCUGAACCUCCUCAGCCAUCAACUCAGUCUGACUCACAAUCACUCCAUAAACACUGUGCAAUAGCAUGAUACUCUGAAUGAAUUUGAUUUAUAAUGUACAACCAACCACUGAAGUGAGUGAAAUAAGUGUGAUCUUGGAAUCUAUUUCAAUAUCUUGGAUUUCUAUGAUAUAUUUCUUUUAGAUGUUUUAUACUAUGCUAGAUUUAAAAAAAAAAAAAACAUUCUUAAAAACAUUCUGUGUUUGACUGGCUUGAACCGAGUGUUAUGAAAGCCAGGCUCUUAAAUAGAUACUUUACUGUGGGAUGAGUGCUUGUAACAUGUUUAGCAAGCUUAGGCAUCUGGCUGUGGCAGUGGAGAGGUUCUUUCUUUAUGAGGACACGAGAUUGAGAGCAUUAUAUUCACAUGAUGCCUUCUGUAGAAGUCAGAAGACUGAAGCACCAGAUCAGCAGCGCAGAUGCUCCUGUCACAAACAGAAAAUCAGAAGUAGAUGCUGUUUAUGACCUCUUCAUAUUUUGGAUUUUUCUUCUGUGAUUUUGUGUCACAAGAUUAAA